CCCGGGGCGCCGCCGGGAUGGUGUCCCAGGUGCUGCAGCUGCUCCGGCAGGGCGUGUGGGCCGCGCUCACGGGGGGCUGGUACCACGACCCGGAGCAGAGCAAGUUCACCAACAGCUGCCACCUCUACCUGUGGCUGUUCCUGCUGCUGCUGCCCCUGGCCCUGCACCUGGCUUUUCCUCCGACUGCGAUCACUGUAUUUUUUUACUGCAGUUCAGUGACUAUAUUCUUCACAGUCAUCAAAUUGAUCAGUUACCGCCUGCACCUCAUGUUUGAUAAAGGAGAAGUAAUUCAGCAGAAGCCCUCCAGAAAGAAAGAAAAGCCAAAUAAAGACAAAGAGGCUAACAGUGAACACAUAACUAAUCACAAAAUCCCAAGCAAUAAUAGGCAGAUUCACAAUGGCAAAAAGGAAGAGGGCCAUGGAAACCUCUCUACGCCUCCCCUCCGCUGCAGCUCCAGAGGGCAAAGCAUAAACUCCCAGCACUCUUCCGGGCCGUCGGAGUUGCCAGCACAGGAAACAGUAGAAGAUCUCAAAGGUGUCAUUCUGUCAGAAGACCAGCCCGUACCACCGGAGUCAUCUACCUCACCUGGUAUCAAAAUGGAAAGCUUACCUGCUUCUCAAGUGCGCAUGCCAGAAACCACACCCAAGUCAGCAACACCCGUGAAACCAGUUGCCACGGAAACUCUCAUCAAUGGAAAAGGAAAGGAAAGAGGGAGCAAGGGGCAGCCUCCUUUGCGCCACAGAUCUGAGGGCGGCUUAGUGGAUAAAGGACCCUUGAAGAAAUUGCCCCACCUGUCUUUGUCUCAGUAUGACUUACUAGAAACAGAUGUUUCUUUCCAGCCAUGGGGGAGUGAAAAUUCAGUCCUGAUUCCAGAACCUCCCGGUUGUCCUCAGGGCUCCAUGAGGGAAAAGUUGCAAAGCAGGUCCCCUCAGGACAGCCUGAGCAGCAGCUGCCCUCAGUGUAACACCAUCACGGUCAAGCCUGCGGAGGAACCCGUGGACACUUCCUGUCAGGUGGACCUGCCCUUGAGCCAAGAAGUGAACUGCUCAGAUAGCGAGGUAGCUGUAACUCUUAUUGAUAAUUCUGAACCUGGAGACCCACUGAGUCUGCAUGAACCCAUUAAAAUUGUCAUCACCAUGAGCAGUACCCAGAACUCCAUGACAGACUUGGAAAACUCCCUCCACCUGAAGGUGGUUAGCACAGAGAGGACCGGUUUAAGGUCUGAUGCUGAACCAGCUACCCCAGCGGUGGCCAGUCCUCCAAACACUGAGCAGAUCAGAAUUCCUGUAAUCACCCUUGAACUGUCUGAGGCUGGGGAAGCAGGCAAUACGUGUCCCAAAGGCAAUGGAAGCGAAAGGAUGUCCGAGAGGUCGAAAGCAGAGGCAUCUUCUAAUCAGUAUUCCAGCUACAGAUCUGGGGUGCGGGAAAGUGCCACCAAGGACUGCAGUCCUUCCUCACAGAACCCCCGGGAAACAGCACCCCCACUCACACCUGCUGUGGCCUCCGAGUCUGAGAUGGGGAAGGAAGGCCAGGCUAACCUUGACCCAUCGUCUUGUAAGAACAGCCAUGAAAAGAGACAUGCCCGCGUGCUCAGUGUGGAUAGUGGGACAGAUGUCUUCCUGAGUAAAAGUUCUGCAGAAAUUAUUAAUGAUAAAGAGAAAACAAUGCCAACUUCCAAAUCUGACCUAGAGGCUAAGGAAGGACAAAUACCAAACGAGUCCAACUUCUUGGAAUUUGUCUCCCUGUUAGAAUCAAUUAAUACUUCCAAGGUGGUGGCGUCCAAUCCAUCAAAUGGCUCAGCAGAGCAGAAGGAGGAAAGUGGGCUUCUCCAAGAUAAUUGUUCCCAGGAGAAAAAGGAAGAAAUCCUGGAAAGUGAAAAGCCCCCUGGACAAAAUUCCAAGCAAGGAAAACCAGACUUACAAAGUCAAGACCGUACUGGGACCAGCCCCGUGUUCACUCAGCCUGCCAAGACCCCUGCCUUUUUCCAGGGCAAUAGACAAAGACAAAUAAUCUACAGGGUAACUUCCCAACAAGACAGUUCCGUCUUGCAAGUCAUCAGUGGGCCUGAAACAUCUGUGCAAGAGGAGAUGUCUGUGGAUGCCAUGCAUGUCUUCAUUGAUGAACAUGGGGAAAUCAGAUCCUGUUAUUUGAGGUCUGGAAAUCAGAAAGAAGGCCCUUUACAACAUCCUCCAUCAAAUUGUGACUGUCUCUCUCAGGCACGGGAGAUGCAGGUCAGCUCCUCCAGCACCACAACUUCUGAAAGUCAAGAUCCAUCUUCUGGAGAUCCUGCAGUCAGUGCCCUUCAGCAACAGCUGUUACUAAUGGUGGCUCGGAGGACCCAGUCAGAAACCCCACGGCAUGUGAGUCAGGAUCUGGAAGACUCGUCAUGUUCUUCAACACAAGGAAAAUUUAACCGAGAGCAGUUUUACAAAUUUAUCAUUUUCCCUGGCAAGUGGAUUAAAGUCUGGUACGAUCGACUUACCUUGUUGGCGUUACUGGAUCGAACUGAAGAUGUCAAGGAGAAUGUGCUGGCUGUUUUACUCAUUGUCCUGGUCUCCCUCCUCGGAUUCCUGACAUUGAACCAAGGCUUUUGCAAAGAUAUGUGGGUGCUCCUCUUCUGCCUGGUCAUGGCCAGCUGCCAGUAUUCCCUGUUAAAGAGCGUUCAGCCUGACCCCGCCUCACCAAUACACGGACACAACCAAAUCAUAACAUAUAGCAGACCAAUCUAUUUUUGUGUGCUGUGUGGCCUUAUUUUGCUUCUUGAUACAGGGGCCAAAGCCAGGCACCCUCCCAGUUAUGUUGUGUAUGGCCUGAAGCUCUUCUCUCCUGUGUCCCUGCAGUCAGCUAGGGACUACUUAAUAGUAUUUCUAUAUUGCUUCCCUGCAAUUUCCCUCCUUGGGCUCUUCCCGCAAAUCAACACUUUCUGCAUUUAUCUUUUGGAACAAAUUGACAUGCUGUUUUUUGGAGGUUCUGCCGUGUCUGGGAUAACCUCGGCUGUGUACAGCGUAGCCCGGAGUGUCCUGGCUGCUGCCCUGCUCCACGCGGUUUGCUUCAACGCAGUGAAGGAACCAUGGAGUAUGCAACACAUCCCGGCGCUUUUCUCAGCCUUCUGUGGCCUCUUGGUUGCACUUUCUUACCAUCUGAGCCGGCAGAGCAGUGACCCAUCUGUGCUCAUGUCCUUUAUUCAGUGCAAACUGUUUCCUAAAUUUUUACAUGAAAAUCUGGAAGAGUCGGUUGCAGACCCUCUCCCCAAGAAGAUGAAAGAUUCGGUGAAGGAUGUGUUGAAAUCCGAUCUCAUCGUGUGUGCGGUCGCUGCCGUCCUCUCGUUUGCAGUCAGUGCCAGCACCGUGUUCCUGUCAUUACGACCGUUCCUCAGCAUCGUGCUCUUUGCCCUGGCCGGCUCCGUGGGGUUCGUGACACAUUACCUGCUCCCCCAGCUCCGCAAGCAUCAUCCCUGGAUGUGGAUUUCACACCCCGUUCUCAAGAGCAAAGAGUAUCAUCAACGGGAACUGAGAGAUGUCGCCCAUUUAAUGUGGUUUGAAAGACUCUAUGUUUGGCUUCAGUGUUUUGAAAAAUAUGUCUUGUACCCAGCAAUAAUUUUGAAUGCCCUCACUAUUGAUGCGUUUUCAAUAAGCAAUUACCGGAGACUUGGCACCCACUGGGACAUUUUUCUGAUGAUCAUUGCUGGCAUGAAGCUGUUGCGGACUUCUUUCUGCAACCCAGUUCACCAGUUUGUUAACCUGAGUUUCACCGUCAUCUUUUUCCACUUCGACUACAAAGACAUUUCAGAGAGUUUCUUAUUGGAUUUCUUCAUGGUGUCUAUUUUAUUUAGCAAGCUCGGGGACCUGCUUCACAAGUUACAGUUCGUCAUGACAUAUGUGGCUCCUUGGCAGAUGGCUUGGGGUUCUUCGUUUCACGUGUUUGCUCAGCUCUUUGCAAUCCCUCAUUCAGCCAUGCUUUUCUUCCAGACAAUUGCCACGUCAGUCUUUUCUACUCCAUUGAGCCCAUUUCUUGGGAGUGUCAUUUUCCUUACAUCAUAUGUCCGGCCGGUGAAAUUCUGGGAGAAAAACUACAAUACAAGGCGAGUGGAUAAUUCCAACACAAGACUGGCAGUCCAAAUUGAAAGGGAUCCAGGGAAUGAUGACAACAAUCUCAAUUCCAUCUUUUAUGAGCACUUGACAAGGGCCCUCCAGGAGUCCCUCUGUGGAGACUUAAUUCUUGGCCGCUGGGGCAAUUACAGCUCUGGCGAUUGCUUUAUUUUGGCUUCAGAUGACCUCAAUGCCUUUGUUCACCUGAUUGAAAUUGGUAAUGGUCUUGUCACCUUUCAACUUCGAGGACUGGAAUUCCGAGGAACCUACUGCCAGCAGAGAGAGGUGGAAGCCAUCAUGGAAGGUGACGAGGAUGACAGAGGCUGCUGCUGCUGCAAACCAGGCCACCUGCCGCACCUGCUGUCCUGCAACGCUGCGUUCCACCUCCGCUGGCUCACCUGGGAGAUCACGCGGACGCAGUACAUCCUGGAGGGCUACAGCAUCAUAGACAACAACGCGGCCACCAUGCUGCAGGUGUUCGACCUCCGCAGGAUCCUCAUCCGGUACUACGUCAAGAGUAUAAUAUACUAUAUGGUAACGUCCCCCAAGCUCCUUUCCUGGAUCAAAAAUGAAUCGCUUCUGAAGUCCCUGCAGCCCUUUGCCAAGUGGCAUUACAUUGAGCGUGACCUUGCAAUGUUCAACAUUAACAUUGACGACGACUACGUCCCGUGUCUCCAGGGGAUCACACGAGCUAGCUUCUGCAACGUUUAUCUAGAAUGGAUUCAAUACUGCGCACGGAAACGACAGGAGCCUUCAAAGACCGUGGUGGACAGUGACGAGGACUCUCCCUUGGUGACUCUGUCCUUUGCCCUGUGCGUCCUGGGGAGGAGAGCUCUGGGCACCGCGGCCCACAAUAUGGCCAUCAGCCUGGAUUCUUUUCUAUAUGGCCUCCACGCCCUCUUCAAAGGUGACUUUAGAAUAACAGCACGAGACGAGUGGGUAUUUGCUGACAUGGACCUACUGCAUAAAGUUGUCGCUCCGGCUAUCAGGAUGUCCCUGAAACUUCACCAGGACCAGUUCACUUGCCCAGACGAAUAUGAAGACCCUGUGGUCCUCUACGAGGCCAUCCAGUCCUUCGAGAAGAAAGUGGUCAUCUGCCAUGAGGGCGACCCGGCCUGGCGAGGCGCGGUGCUGGCCAACAGGGAGGAGCUGCUCACCCUGCGGCACGUGGUGGACGAGGGCACGGACGAGUACAAGGUCAUCAUGCUGCACAGAAGCUUCCUGAGCUUCAAGGUGAUCAAGGUUAACAAAGAAUGUGUCCGAGGACUCUGGGCCGGGCAGCAGCAGGAGCUCAUCUUCCUCCGCAACCGCAACCCGGAGCGCGGCAGCAUCCAGAACAACAAGCAGGUCCUGCGAAACUUGAUCAACUCCUCCUGUGAUCAGCCCCUGGGCUACCCCAUGUACGUCUCCCCACUGACCACCUCCUAUCUAGGGACCCACAGGCAGCUGAAGAACGUCUGGGGCGGACCCAUCACUUUGAACAGAGUGAGGACGUGGCUCCAGACCAAGUGGCUGAGGAUGCGGAAGGACUGCAACGCCCGCCAGCACAGCAGCGGCAACAUUGAGGACGCAGACGGAGGAGGGGCCCCUGCGGCAGGUGGCAGCAAUGCUCCGGGUGGCGGCAGCCAGGACAGCGUGGAACAGCCCAGAAAAGGUGGAUCCCAGCCCGGGGCCUCAACCCAUGAAGGGACACAGGGGACAGGCAGGAGGAAAGGCAGGAGCCAGUCUGUCCAGGCACCCUCUGCGCUAAGCCAAAGGCCGCCCACACUGAGUUCGUCCGGCCCGAUCUUAGAGAGUCGCCAGGCCUUCCUGCAAACGUCCUCAUCGGUCCAUGAGCUGGCCCAGAGGCUGUCGGGCAGCCGGCUCUCCUUGCACGCCUCAGUGGCAUCCCUGCACUCUCAGCCGCCACCCAUCACCACCACGGGCCACCUGAGCGUCCGAGAGCGGGCCGAGGCGCUCAUCAGGUCCAGCCUGGGCUCCUCCACCAGCUCCACCCUGAGCUUCCUCUUCGGCAAGAGGAGCUUUUCCAGUGCUCUCGUCAUCUCUGGACUCUCCGCUGCAGAGGGGGGAAACACCAGUGACACCCAGUCAUCCAGCAGCGUCAACAUUGUGAUGGGCCCCUCGGCCAGGGCCACCAGCCAGGCCACGCGGCACUUCUCGGAGCCCUGUGAACCCACCGACGCCACCGAGCAGGGGCAGCUUCGCGACCGACGUCUGGCUGAGGCCGUGGCAGAGACUCUGGGGGUGAUCUGCAGAAGAGCAAGCCAGGAGGACAUGGGCCUGGACGACACGGCGUCCCAGCAGAGUGCUUCGGACGAGCAGUGACGGCACGUCGGGUCGGGAAAAGCUGACUCUUCCGCAGGGCUUGGCCACAUCGCUCUCCCUCCUGCCCCCUGAGAUCAAAAAGAGCUGAUACUGCGAUCCAUGGGAGGCUGUUCCCGUGGAGAAAGGAGAGCUAGAAAACAGAAUAACUUUAUCUCAGGUUCUUG